AUGUCUCUCCCCAAAACGCCCUCCAUAUUGCUAAGUGGCACGUCUACGCCUGAGGACAAAAAUCUUAAACUACCCGCCUCCAAGGAAGAGACUAAAGGACUUCCUGAACUGAGAGAGAGAAAAAAUUUGGUGGAUCAUUCCAAACCCUUUCGUACUUCCCUCCAGAAUGAGUUCAUACCCGAGGAAGUUCUGCUUUCUCUGACCUCUGCAGCCAAAGCUGGUGCCUGUCCUGAAAACUUACUACCUCCUGGGAAAAGGAAAAUCCCAAAGGGUGGUCUUCUGCGCCCUAUAGACCAUGUGUGGCAUCAUCCUGUUCGAAGGAACAAGUUCAGAUACCUGAUUGACCAUCCUGUCUCCCUCACAGGAGCUGGAAGCAAAUAUACUACUUUGCUCACAGAUAGUGAAAACAGGCUUUUGCUGUUCCCAUCCAUGAAACCUAAUAAAAGAGUAGAAGUGGUCCGGCUAAAUGAUGUGAUGGACACUAUGCUUGAGAGGGCUGGUGUGGAAAAUGAAGAAUAUACAGGGCCAACCCAGAUGCACAAGCUGCUACAUAUGUUGAAGAAGGAACAGACCAUUUAUAAUACAGUAUUCCAUGAACUUAUCCGACAAGUCAGUGUGGACUGUGCAGAUAGAGGAGAAUUACUUUCCAAAAUCAGAGAGAAGUAUGUGCAAAUGCUUGACCAAAUUGCCCGGCAGAUGAUUGACUUCUACAAAGAUUUGGUGACCCAGCGAGUGAUGGACCAGCGCAUUUUAGAAGAAUUGUACAAUUUCAAGAAUGUUAUUGAGGAACUUACCAGGGAGCUGUGUCUGGUUCGGGAACAUGAUGUAAAAUUAACAAAAGAAGCAAAGAAGGCCCAUGAUGAUUUGGCACAAGCUCUUUUAGAUGCUGAAAAGAAUGCCAAAAUUGUAGAAGAAUAUCAUGACUUAUAUACAUUGCAAAGAGGAAGAAUGGAGAAUGAUAUUCAACAGUUAAUGUCAGAAAGAGAUAUCUGGAGUUCAUCCACAUAUAAAUUGGCUCUAAAGGUAAUUAUAAAAAAUAAAGUCAUAUUAGCUAAAAGAAUUUACCUCAAUGAAAAAGGCUGGAGUAAAUACGCUAAACAUUUCAUCAUAUUGCUGUCAACCAAGGAUACUGCAGACCUUGCACUUUUGCAGAAGUUAACACUGAAAUGGAGAAACUUAAUGAACAAAUUUAAACAGGAGGUGGAACAAAAUGAAGAGUCUACAAAGGAGAAACUGCAAACUGUUAAGAAUGGCCUUAUCAAAUGGGAGCAGCUCUUUAUAAAUAAUAAAAAAGGUGUACUUCAUUUUCAGGGAGAUGUAUUGGAUACAAUUUAUGCAGAAUUUCAGCAAUGGAUAAAGAUGUUGAAUGAUGAUAAAGAAAAGUAUGCUGGAGAUAUUCUGCUGUCCAAAUAUGAUUCUCUCAAGAUUAUUAAACAUUUACAGGAAAACUGGACAGAUGUUGGGCUUGGGAUAUUUGUUCGCCAUAAAAACAUGGAGGGGGAAAUGCCACCAGAGCGGCACUACAUGGAGGACAUUAGAAAAACCAUAGGAAAACUCUACAAAGAAUAUGAAAUAAGAAUAAAUGGUGAUAAUGUCGUCUUUGCUCCUGAUGGGUAUAGAACAGCAUCUGAUAACCAGCCACAAGAUUUUAAGACCACAGUCCUACUCGUCAGUAUGGAUGAAUUGCAUAUAGCUAUGGUUCAAUGGAUGGUAAAUUUGCUCAUUUUAAUGGUACCUAACUGUACUGAUAAAGACAGUUUCCCAGUGGCCACAGAAGAAAGUGAUGAGACACAAGAUAUAGGAAUCGCAAAGUUAGAGCUAGAUGCAGUUGGAUUGACAAAAAAGUUGGCUCAGUACUCCAGCUAUUUGAGCAGUUGUUGCAAAGGGAUGGUAACAGCAAUGGCUCUGAGUAAAGCAGCUCGCUUAGAAAAAAUUCCUAGACAUGAAGUUCAAGAGCUGGAUAAUAUGAAGAGAGAAUGUUAUGAUUGGAUCAAUACAUGUGCUCUUCUCCUUUCUGAACUAAAAGGCAGAAAAAUAAUAUUAUUGAACCCUGAAGAAGUAGAACACCUAUUUGGAGAGGAGUACUCUAUAAAAGAAUUCAUUGACCCUGAAUUAGAUACAUCUUCUAAAGAAGAAAGUCUGAAAAUAAAAAAAGAAGAGAAAGCAGAAGAGAAACCUUCAACAUCUACGGAGAGUGAACCACUCAUUCGUGACAUUGGAAUAGAUGAAAACGUUCAUACCAAGAUUCUGUUUGGAAAAGAUAUAUUGACUUCCUGGAGAGAAGAAGCUGAUCAAGGUACACCAGCUCAAAAGAAUAAAUAUCUGGAAGCAAUAGUUAUAAUUGAACAUAUGCAGCAGAAGUUACUUGAAGUUGAAAGCAGAGCCUUGCAGGCAGAAGAGAAGCUUGAUGAGGUAAAUGAAAAACUUCAUUAUACCCUUAUAAAAAAUAAAGAAUUGGAGAGGGAACUAGAAGAUGUGUUAAUGCAACUUAAAAAGAAGGAGUCUGAAGAAGAAGAGGAAGAAGAAAAGGUGCAGAAUAAGGAGAAUAAUGUCACCGCUGAAUCCAGAGCCCGGGCUAAAUCUAAUAACAAAAUCAAAACCAAGCUGCAUAAAAAGUAG